AUGCAUCGGCCAAAAUCUCUCGCCAAUGGUGAGGCGACACCAGCGAAGCCCGCAGCGCGUCUGUAUGGAGGCACUUCGCAGUCGACCGAACGUCUCAUUAAGCCCUUUCGAUGUCCCGGCUCUGCAACAGUGACCCGUGUAUCAGAGAAGCCUGCGAGAAAGAGGCGAAAGGUCGACUAUUCCGGCGCUGGUGGUGAAGAUGGAGAAAGCGACAAGGCGUACUCGAAUGAAGAUCGCCUCGCUCUUGCCACACGAGACGCGAACCGCUUUCCAGUCUUCAAGCCCAAAGCCAAGGAUACGGCGUUCAAGACCAAGUUCAUAGUGCCUCUAGUCAACAAAGAUACAGGGGCAUAUAAUCCGAAUCGACCUGCGCCGCUACUCGGUAUGCGAACAGGAACUGUAUUUGUUGCACGGCCUCUACACGACCCCAGUGGAGAAUUUGCUAUAGUACUAUACGAUCCCACUGUCGACGACAAACCAAUACCGAAAGGGGAAAUCGAGCCAAAGCUGAGUCAGCCAGAAAAGAAGGAGUUGGAGGCACCAAUUGUGCACAAGAGUCUGGCUGAGAUACUGGGCUUGAAGAAGAAGGUGGAGGGUGAACGGCCACGCGUGCCGGUUGUCAUUGAUCCGAGACUCGCCAAAGUUCUACGACCGCAUCAGGUCGAAGGUGUCAAGUUCUUGUACAGGGCUACAACUGGCAUGAUUGAUCCAAAAGCCAAUGGUUGUAUCAUGGCAGACGAGAUGGGUCUUGGUAAGACGUUGCAGUGCAUUGCGCUUAUGUGGACCCUUCUGAAGCAGUCUCCCGAGGCUGGAAAGUCCACCAUACAGAAAUGCGUCAUCGCGUGUCCGUCAAGUUUGGUGAGGAAUUGGGCAAACGAGCUUAUCAAAUGGCUUGGGAAAGACGCCGUUACUCCUUUUGCUAUUGAUGGAAAGGCAUCGAAGGAAGAGUUGAUUCAGCAAAUACGGCAGUGGUCAAUCGCAUCCGGGCGUUCAGUAGUCAGACCUGUCCUGAUUGUGUCAUACGAAACUCUGCGUCUCUAUGCCGACGAGUUUGGGCAGACACCUAUCGGGUUAAUGCUUUGCGACGAAGGCCAUCGACUGAAGAAUGGUGACAGCUUGACCUUUACUGCUCUCAACAACCUGAACGUACAACGAAGAGUCAUCCUUUCCGGUACACCCAUCCAGAACGAUCUCUCGGAGUACUUUGCAUUACUUAACUUUGCGAACCCGAAUUACCUCGGCACACGAAUGGAGUUCCGCAAGCAUUACGAGAUACCUAUUCUGAAGGGUCGCGAUGCUAAUGGAACCGACGAGGAUGUCAAAAAGGGCACAGAGCGUCUCACAGAGCUACUGGGCCUUGUCAACAAAUUCAUCAUCCGGCGAACCAACGACAUCCUCUCCAAGUAUCUCCCAGUCAAGUACGAGCAUGUUGUGUUUUGCAACCUUGCGCCGUUCCAGAAGGACUUGUACAACCAUUUCAUCAAAUCUCCCGACGUUCAAAGCCUGCUCCGUGGCAAAGGGUCGCAGCCACUCAAGGUCAUUGGCAUGCUCAAGAAACUUUGCAACCACCCUGAUCUACUCAACCUUCCUGAAGAUCUUCCAGGAUGUGAAAACACGUUGCCCGAUGACUUUGUGCAGAAAGAUGCGAGAGGUAGGGAUCGAGAGGUCAAGACAUGGUAUUCCGGAAAGAUGGCUGUUCUGGACCGCAUGCUUGCCCGUAUUCGUGCCGAGACCAACGACAAGAUUGUCCUCAUCUCCAAUUACACCCAGACGCUUGAUAUCUUCGCAAUGCUGUGUCGUUCGCGGGGAUAUGGCUGCUUCCGUCUAGAUGGCACAAUGAACGUCAGCAAACGGCAGAAGCUGGUUGACAAGUUCAAUGAUCCAGAGAGCCCUGAAUUUGUCUUCCUUCUUUCAUCCAAGGCUGGUGGAUGCGGUCUCAAUUUGAUCGGCGCCAACAGACUUGUUCUCUUCGACCCUGAUUGGAACCCCGCCGCCGAUCAGCAAGCCCUCGCGCGUGUAUGGCGUGAUGGGCAGAAGAAGGACUGUUUCGUAUACCGCUUCAUCACUACCGGUACCAUUGAAGAAAAGGUAUUCCAGCGACAAUCACACAAGCAGUCACUCUCUUCUUGUGUCGUCGACUCGGCAGAAGACGUUGAGCGCCACUUCAGUCUCGACUCUCUCCGCGAGCUUUUCCAAUACCGCAACAACACAACGAGCGACACCCACGACACAUUCAAGUGCAAGCGCUGUAGAAAGGAAGACGGAAGACAAAUCAUCAAAGCCCCGGCCAUGCUGUAUGGUGAUACAAGUACUUGGAAUCACUUUGUCAAUGAUGGCGAGAAUGGUCCGCUAGGCAAGAUUCAAGAUCUGCUGCUUAGGCAGGAGACGACAAAUGAUUUGAGGGAUGUCAGUGCUGUGUUUCAGUACAUUAGUCAUUGA